GCCCACAGUAUAUAUACCAUAACAAUCAACACCUGAUGGACUGUCAGUUGUCUUUCGAGUGUCUUAACAGUGACUUGCAAUCCACUAAGAUGAAGUUGCUUAUUCUCGUGGUUUUGGUUUCCAUCGUCGUUUCUGAAGCUCGAUACGACAAACAAACAGCAAAACCACCUCCCAGCAAGCCUUACAAUCCUCUUCCAGCACACGAAUCCAGUAGCCCAAUGCCUUACAAGUUCAGUUACGAAGUCAAGGGCGAUGAUUACACUAGUUUUGGCGAUACGAGAGUUGGAGAUAGACAGGGUAAAGUGUCAGGUUAUUACCACGUUCAACUUGCUGAUGGACGUCAUCAACACGUCACUUAUAAAGAUGAAGGAAAAGGAUUUAUCGCUGAUGUCAAGUAUGAAGGAGAGGCCAAAUACAGUGAGUCUAAACCAGUCGAGUACAAGAAACUAGCAGACGACUUCGGGACAUCCUACAAGUCAGCUGAUUAUGGACUGCAGAACGUUGAACCGUCUUACAAGGAGCUAUCCUAUGAGAAUUCAGUCAAAGAAAAUCAACUAAACGAAUGGGAGAAUGAAAAAUCACGAAAAUCAUCUGAUGAGAAAUCAAGCGAACAAUUUUUCACAGAACCAGUUUACAAUUUUCCGACGGCACUGUUUUAUCAAGAGAUAUCUAGCACCACAUCGUCCUACAAGGAAUAUGAAUACACCCCGUCUAGUGAGAAGGCUGUCGACACUACCCAAGUUCCACACACAACGAAGACGUACGAUGUUCCUCCUCCGUCUAGCACGUCGUUUUGGAAACCAAUAUCCGUUACUUCAAAUUACAAGCCUGUUUACACAACAGCAGACUACAAAACGACGUCGAUUUUCACUACCCCAGCCUCUAUUGCACCUUCUACUACCCCAGACUAUCACAAGCCCGUUAACUACACCGAAGCCAAUAAAAAAACGACCGCCAACAAGGCUUAUAAAAAGCCUGUCACUACCCCAGUUUACAAGACAUCUGUUGCCACUACCCCUGCAUACAAAACUCCGUCUCCCAGUAAAACACCAAAGGCACCCAAGGCACCCAAGAAACCCAAAGCUUCUUAUCCGGUUACUACCCCAGCUUAUAAGAAGCCCAUCUAUUUCGAUCCGGUUUAUAAGACUCCUGUUGUUACUACCUCAGGUCCAAAACAUUACCCGACUACCACAUACGCAUACAAGACUCAUCCCUACACCCCCAAAGCUUACAAAGCAGCAUCUUACCAGAUUUUACCUCAAAAACCGUUCACUGUUUACAAACCAUAUGCGAAAAAGGUUCCCGUCAUCACACGAGUUGCUCCUUACACUGCUCCGGUGUACAAAACUCCUAUUUACAUAGCUCCAGGGUACAAUAACGUUCCUCCUAACAAAGUGGUCACUUACAAACAUGGAAAGUAAACAUGAAAAAAAUAAUAGGGCCAGCUGUGCGAGCCCCAAAACUAUAGUUUAUGUCUAAGUACAAUGUUUUAUUAUUUUCUGAGAUUGACAAUGUUAUAUGCUCUUAACUGUGUAAUGUGUGCAAUCAGAUGUAUUGCUGAUCGUUCUAAAAUUACAAUGGCCUUGUUAAAAAUUUUAAUUUCAAAAUCACUUUGGUUCUUAGCUAUCGAUAUUGCAAGGUUGUUUUGCGAGUCACACGAUUUUCACAACAUCCAAUAAAAUUGUAAUGGAAACUAUUUAUUUAUUAAA